GUGCGUUUCAGUGUGCACACAUGCACUGUAUAUAUAAAUCUGGACCAGGCCGGCAGACAAUAUUGUGUAUGUGAAAGGUGGGAUUAACAAACAGACAUCAAAAGUAGGUGUGAGGCCCAAACAUGGAACGUGUGGGAAAGAUCGUGUUUUACGAAGAAAGUAACUUCGAAGGUCGAUUUUACGAGUGCACCGCUGACUGUCCCGAGCUCAACACCCACAUCAGCCGCUGCAACUCCAUUCGUGUGGACAAUGGCGCCUGGGUUCUGUUCGAGAGGCCCAACUACCUGGGUUACCAGUACAUCCUGACCAAGGGGGAGUACGCGAACUAUCAGCGCUGGAUGGGCUACAAUGACAGCAUCAGGUCCUGCCGCAUCGUGCGAAAUGGCACUGGUGCGUUCAGGGUUCGUGUCUACGAGCGUCCUGACUUCAACGGUCGGAUGUUGGAGUGCAGUGAAGAUUUGAGCAACCUGCCCGAGUGCUGGCACCUCCACGAGACUCACUCCGCCCAGGUGCAGGAAGGCGCCUGGGUCUUCUACGAGCUUCCCAACUACCGCGGACGGCAGUACCUGCUGGAGAAAGGAGAGUACCGCCGCUACACCGAGUGGGCAGCCAUGAACCCCACUGUGGGGUCCUUCCGCCGCGUCCACAGCCAUUAGACUGUCUCUCUUUGAGUUUAUGUUUUACAUAACUGUUGUUUGGAGAUGUAAUAAAAGAGGAUUGUGCUUGA